UGCUUCACCGAAGUGCCAACGCUCGGUCUCAGAAUAUUAUCGCCUUGUGCAAAAAAACAAAAAUCCAACUCUUUCCGAUGCGUGUACAACUUUUAUCGAUUUUAAUAGUCCUUGCACUGGGCUUGGUCCAAGGCUAUGAACCUUAUACGACAACCGUUAGGAGCGAUGUACAACAACCAAAAUCCUCACCAUUCUCCUUUGUAAUAUUGAUGUUGCGUCGCAUCUUCUAUACGGAAUAUCAAAGCAUAACUUAUAAUAAUGGUUCAACCGAGAGAUCUGCACAGGUGAGUGUCAUGGGUGUGCUGUCAACUCCAUCACCUGUAACGGUUGCAAAUAGCAAGGAGAGUCGUGUGGACUCGAGCGCAGGAGAAAGUGGCGGGACUCUCGACAACCCAGGCUUACUUCCGAUUAAGAAGUGGAAAUCUCCGAAAAAAUAUGCUGGUGAUUUUAAGAAAGACAUGUCUGUGAAAGCUCAAGUCAACCCCAAAAGAAAGUAAAUGCGGAUCAUAUAUAAUUUUCCUUCCUUUGAUUAUACAUAUUUUUAUAAUGACAAUUACCUUUUUUUGCCAAUUUUUUAUAAUUUCCCUUUUAUUCAAAAAUAUAUACUGGGUUGAGGUUAACA